UCCGUUUGGUUUCUACUAUAUUUUGCGACUACAUAGUGACUUCAUUUUCUCUCUGGUAAAAAACAUUGCAGAUCAAGAAGGAAACUACAUACAAACAUGAAUAUUGAGAUGCCUAGUUAUGCAAGGUCGGGUACUGGGAAUGGACUGAAGAAACGCACCCUUGAAAGCUGGAGGAAAUUCUUUCUGGCAGUUUGUGGGGUUGCUUUGGCUAUUGAUCCUUUUUUUCUCUUUAUUCCUGAAAUUGAUUAUCUAAACUCAUGCAUCGGUUACGACGAAACGCUUAGAACAAACGUUUGUUUCUUUCGUAUCUUGAUAGACGCAUUAUAUAUUUAUAUCAUCUUUUUUUCUCAAACAUCGUCUUUGAGAGGCAAGAUGAGCGGAAGAAAAACACUCUUCUACGUCAUUGUUGACAUUGUUUCUCUUCUCCCCAUUCCUGUGGUAAUGGUUCUCCUCGUCCGUACUGAAUGGUCUAGCAAUCUGGUGACAAAUAGAAUACUCAAGUGGACCAUAGUUGUUCAGUAUAUACCAAGAAUCAUUCGUAUCUAUCCGGUUUACAAAGCGGUGACAAAAACAACUGUUGGAAUAGCAGAAUCAAAGUGGAUUGGAGCUCUUUUAAACCUUUCGCUCUUCCUGUUGUGCAGUUAUGUGUUUGGGGCUUUCUGGUACGUUACUGCAAUUGAAAAGCGAAGCAUAUGCUGGCAUAAAUUUUGGAUGAAUACGACGAGGCCGACUAUGCCUGGCAAUCUCACGGAGCUGUUUUGUGCACAUUUAGUAGGUCGUAAAAGCAACAGAGAGUUUCUGAAUAAUUCAUGCCUAGUAAAGGAAUCUGCCGAUAUCCCAAAACCAUCCAAAUACUUGGCCGGGAUCGUAAACAAAACAAUAUACGACCAUGGUAUGUACGGUGAAGUAUUGAAGUCUGAGGUGGGAAGUAGAAAUCUAAGGGAUUUUCCAAAGAAGUUCUUCUACUGCUUUUGGUGGGGUCUCCGAAAUCUUAGUACCUUUGGUGAAAACCUCAAGCCAGGCAACUCUGCAACAGAUAUCUUUUUGGCUAUCAUCAUUUGCGCCUGUGGUUUAUUCUUGGUUGCUGUACUCAUUGGAAACGUUCAGAAAUACUUGCUAACAAGUACCGUCAGAGCAGACGAAAUGAAUGAGAGAAAGAAAGACAUAGAAACAUGGAUGACCUUUAGGCAACUACCAGAAGAGCUCAAGAAACGCAUUAAGGAAAACGAGAAAACCCUAUGGAAAAAUUACAGGGGCACGGAUGAAGAAUCUCUUCUUCGUCGCUUCCCAGAAGACCUCAGACGCGAAACUCAAACCUAUCUUGAUGAGCAUAGUGCAUAAUUUCGUUAUACCGGAUGGCAUCAAACCGGACCAGAAUUAUAAUGGAACAAUGUGUCUUCUUGAUGUUUGUUUAGGGACUUAUGUUCCCACUUCCCUUGUAUUUAUGAAUAUUUUUCUCCAUCCAUCUAUUGUCUUUGUAUCCUUCUAUCUAAAGUAAAACCCAUCUCCUCCAUUUCUCA